AUGAGCCAGGACCAGGAUACAAGCUUGAAUCCACUAUGUGUGGCUUUUUGUGAAGCCACCCAAUUGUCUGCAGACUCAGAAUCUCAAAAGGACAAAUCCUUGACUCCAACUCCGGAAUCAGCGUCCGGUAGGAAGCAGGGGCGCAUCGAUUCGAAUUAUUUCAAGAGUGCAGAAUGGUCAGUUCUUGAUCCAGAGAUCCAGUCGCUGGGAAGACCUUGGACUGACAAUGACCACAGGACUCCUGACGGAACAACGGUCAUCACAGACUCUGCAGAUAAUCACAUCCGAACAUUUGUCCUCCCCCCAGAUCUCUUAGAUGAAAGAGAUGCACCGCUGCAGCUAACACCUUAUUCUACAUUGCCGUCCUCUGAACCGAUAUACGCCACUGCUAUCUAUCCUUACUUCUCUCUUCAAGAUCCCUCAACCACGCUUCUCCUAUCAUCUGUACGCGAUCACCCGAUCAGGCUCUCCUCGGCUCUUGCGCCACAGACUCUGGCGACGUACUCGUUAAUCAAUCCCUCGACUGAAGCUUUCAUCACACCACAUUCUAUUUUGUAUCCUGCUCACCUGGGUGGAACUCAUUUCUUGACUGGCUCUGAUAGUCUAAUAUGCCUUUUUGAUGUUUCACGACCGGGAAGCGACGGCCCCGUCUUGAGGAUGCCUACCAUACCCAGUAAGCGCAAACAGAUAGUUGGUGGUGGCGUAGGCAUGAAGGGUAUUGUUUCUGCAAUGGCGAUGAAUCCCAACGAAGAUGGCAUAUUGGCCGCGGGGACAUUCACGCGCAACAUCGCUCUCUAUGAUUCCAGGGGUUGUGGAGAGCUCAUAGGGACGUUCAGCAUCGCGAAGAGCGAGGCCGAUCGCCACAUCGGCGGGAAGGGAAUCACGCAACUUCUAUGGAGUCCUUGUGGGAGAUAUCUUUAUGUGGCUGAGAGGAAGAGUCAGGGCAUGCUGGUGUACGAUAUCAGAGUCACCGGACAGCUACUUGGGUGGCUUCAGGGGCGCAGGGCAAUCUCGAACCAGCGGUUGAAAGCAGAUAUUAUACCGAUCGGUGAAACUGAAUCGCACGAGGUAUGGGCCGGCGGGACUGAUGGAGUGACACGGGUCUGGAGGAACCCGUUUGCGACCGUGGGACAGAAGGAACCCGAUUGGGAGUUUAAAGUUCAUGAUGGUAAGCUGUCUUCUGCAAUCAUCUUCCUUGUAUUCAGAGAAAUAACAAGAGUUUUAGACUCGGUUACUAGUGCGGUUUUACAUCCAGGUGGUAGUGUUUUGGCUACCUGUUCCGGCCAGAGGCAUUUCGUUGACUACGCCGCAGUUGACGAUAUGGGCAAUCUUCCGGCGAGAUCGACGGGCGAUAACAGCUUGAGAAUAUGGUCUUUGUAG